GAAAUAUUAACCUGCAACAGAUUCUUACUUGGACAGUUUAACAGAUUAAACCCUCAGAGCUGCUGCUGGUUUUUGGCUUUGUUUUGUUUUUAUUCCUGGAUGCAGAAUUUAAUCAUCUCUAAACGAGGCAAUACUGAUGAUGUCACUCAGAUUGACUCCUCCACUUCCUCCGCUGUUACUGCUCAUGGUUUCAGGAGUCGUGUCCCAGUCGAGGCGGAGUGUGACUUAUACACCGAGCUACAUCUGUGCUCUAAAGGGAUCGACAGUGAUCAUGGGCUGCACAUACACAUAUCCAACUGAUUACACAGUUCAGAAAACUUCCUGGACCAGACAGUUGGUUACAGAUAAAGAGCCUCCUGAUCUGUCUUUAGACCCAAAGUACCGAGACAGGGUUCAUUACCUCGGGGACAACCUGAAUGACUGCCGACUCAGACUGAGUGAUGUGACAGAACAGGACCAAGGCAAAUACUACUUCAGAUUUAAUACAACAACCUGUGGAAAAAUGCAUCAAGGUAAAGAUGGAGUUGAACUUUCUGUCACAGGUCUCUGGGUGGAGAUGAUUCCUGUUAGAGUUGUUGAGGGAGAUAAAGUUACUCUCACAUGUAAAACCUCCUGCAGUCUGACUGAGACCCCAAUAUUGACCUGGUACAAAGAUGGAAGUUAUUUCUCCUCCUCUAACCCGCUCCAUCUGCCAUCAGUCAGUCAGUGGGAUGCAGGCAGCUACAGAUGUUCUGUACAGGGACAAAGUUAUCGCUCCCCUGCUGUCACUCUUGAUGUACAAUAUCCUCCAAAGAGAGUCUCAGUGUCCAUCAGUCCCUCUGGUGAGAUAGUGGAGGGCAGUUCAGUGACUCUGACCUGCAGCAGUGAUGCUAACCCACCUGCACAUCGCUACACCUGGUUUAAAGUGAAUGAAAGCUCACCUGUAGGAUCUGGACAGAGUUACAGCUUCACACUGACCUCCAGCAGCAGUGGAUGGUUUUACUGUGUGGCUGAGAAUAAAUACGGGAGUCAGAGAGCACCUGCAGUGGGUCUGAUGUUUAACGGGAGCAGGAGUGUACUUCUGUAUAUAUUUCCUGUAGUCUUUGUUGGAUGUGGAUGUUUAUGUAUAUGCAAAAGAGAAAAGAGAACAGGAGGUUCAGCUGAUAGUGUCAAGUCUAGUCAGAACGUUUCCUCCAGUCCUCCUGAUGACACGUACACAGGUCUUGACCUUCAGACCAGGUCCAAUGAUGUGUACUACACACUUGCAACGGUCCACUCGAGUCUUCCUCAUUCCCGGUCCAUCUCUCCUGAUUAUGACAAUGAUGUAGCUGCACCGAUGAUGUCACUCAGAUUGACUCCUCCUCUUCCUCUGGUCUUUCUGCUUAUGGUUUCAAGAGUCGUGUCCCAGUCGAAGUGGAAUGUGACUUAUACACCGAGCUACAUCUGUGCUCUAAAGGGAUCGACAGUGAUCAUGGGCUGCACAUCCACAUAUCCAACUGGUUACACAGUUCAGAGACCUUUCUGGACCAGACAGUUGCUUACAGAUAAAGAGCCUCCUGAUCUGUCUUUAGACCCAAAGUACAGAGACAGGUUUCAUUACCUCGGGAACAACCUGAAUGACUGCCGACUCAGACUGAGUGAUGUGACAGAACAGGACCAAGGCAAAUACUACUUCAGAUUUAUAACAAACCCAGUAGAAAAGUAUCAAGGUACAGAUGGAGUUGAACUUACCGUCACAGAUCUCUGGGUGGAGGUGAUUCCUGGUGGAGUUGUUGAGGGAGAUGAAGUUACUCUCACAUGUAAAACCUUCUGUAGUCUGACUGAGACCAAAAUAUUGGCCUGGUACAAAGAUGGAAUUAUUAUUUCCUCCUCUAAUCCGCUCCAUCUGCCAUCAGUCAGUCAGCGGGAUGCAGGCAGCUACAGAUGUUCUGUACAGGGACAAAGUUAUCCCUCCCGUGCUGUCACUCUUGAUGUACAAUAUCCUCCAAAGAGAGUCUCAGUGUCCAUCAGUCCCUCUGGUGAGAUAGUGGAGGGCAGUUCAGUGACUCUGACCUGCAGCAGUGAUGCUAACCCACCUGUACAGAGCUACACCUGGUACAAGGUGAAUGAAAGCUCACCUGUAGGAUCUGGACAGAGUUACAGCUUCACACUGAACUCCAGCAGCAGUGAACGGUUUUACUGUGUGGCUGAGAAUAAAUAUGGGAGUCAGAGAGCACCUGCAGUGGGUCUCACAUUAAAUGAGGGCAAGCGUGUACUUCUGUUUGUUGUUCUUGGAGUGACUUUUGGAUGUUCACUUGUCAUCGUUGUGGUUUUAUUCAUGAGGAGAAAGAGAACAAGAGGUUCAGCUUAUAUUGUUGAGUCUAGUCAGAACGUUUCCUCCAGUCCUCCUGAUGACAUUUACACAGGUCUUGAUCUUCAGACCAGGUCCAAUGAUGUGUACUACACACUUGCAACGGUUCACUCGAGUCUUUCUCAUUCCCGGUCCAUCUCUCCUCAUUAUGCCAAUGAUGUAGUGAGUGCAUUUGUUCAUCACUGAAAAUAACACCAGGCUGAAGAAAGCUGUAAAUAAUUAAAGUCUAAAAAUGUUUAUUAAAAGCUUCAUUGAUGUAAUGCUCAGAUAAGCGUUAGAAAAUGAAUGAAUGAAUGAAUGAAUGAAUGAUGUAAUGCUAGUAUGCUGUUACUACAUGAUCUCAGAAAACAAAUUCUGGGUUGAAAAACAAGAGCAAACUGAUGCUAGAAUAGUUCUGUUUUGUUGCUGUGGGUCAAUAUUGAUUUCAACCUUUAAAUAGUUGAAGCUUAAUAGCUUUCCAUUUCUGAACAUUAUAUUGUACGUAACUUCAUGUGUUUUUGAUGGACACUUUUGUUACAUGUGAAUGUGAAGUUUUUUUUCCUGUCUUAACAAUUUACAUUUAAUAUUUUAUCUGCUAAAACAACACACUGUGCAAAAAAGUAUGCUGUUAACAUUUUGUACAUUCUACACAAUAAAGUCAUG